AUGAAAUUGGCCUCAUCAUUGUGGUAUCCAGUUGUGCGAAAUUGGAAAGGAGUAGCUAUUUGGAAAGAAUCAGAUCGUAUUAAAUUCCCAAAGGGCAAAAGUGAACGACGUUUUGCCUUUCAUAAGUCUCCAGCUGUCUACGCCUUAAUUAUCACAUCAUAUAUACUCUACGCUCGAAUCCGAAGUGAUAGAGAUAAGAAUUACAGACCAAUAUGGGCUCGAAUCAGUGCGAAUCAGGAGGAAGCACAACUGUUGCCGGACCGAUCCCAGCUAACGAAAUCAAGUCGCUGGUAA